AUGGCAUCUACUUCAAGCCCUGCUAUUGAUUCCGAGAUUGCUGAAAUUACAAAUGCUUUUGAUGGAAUUGCAUCCCCAUCUGCAUCUUCAUCUACGUCUGCUAUACUCUUCGAUGUAUAUAUUAAUCAUCACAGAAACGAUGACAGACUCAAGCUGGCCACAGCUAUUUACAAUGUCCUCGAUCUCAUCGGUCUGAAGGCUUAUCUGAAUUCCGACGAGCUUGAGCUGGGGGACUUCUUGCCUAGAGCGGUAGAACAAGCAAUGCAUAAUGCUUGUCUUCAUAUAGCAAUUUUCUCUCAUGGCUAUGCGCAGUCGCCUUGGUGUCUUGAGGAGCUAUCCAUUAUGCUAAAAUCUCUCACCCCUAUUAUUCCUGUUUUCUACGGUGUUCAGCCAUCUGAUCUGCGAUACGUGUCUCAACGAAAAGGAAUGUAUGCCGAGGCCUUCUUGGAGUAUCAACAAAAGGGUAGAUACAGCUUAGAAAAGAUUGAAGAGUGGAAGACAGCACUCCACAAUGUUUCAUUUUAUUGGGGUGAAAUCAUCAAUGAUUCUGUUGAGGAGCAAAUGGCAUUGAAGAACAUUGUGAAGCAUAUAGUGAAAAUAAUCAGAACGGUACCCUUAGAGAUGGAAAAGCAUUCUGUGGGGCUUCAAGAAGCUGUAGUAGGCAGUGAAAUGUUGACAUCCUCAACACCAUUACAAAAGCUGCGAAUAAAAAUGAUGCCUUAUGAUGUAUGUAUUAAUCAUCGCGGAGCCGAUGUUAAAGACACGCUGGCCAUAGCUAUCUACAAUGCCCUCGGUUACAUGGAAUAUAGGGUUUUUCUUGAUACGGAGGAGUUUCAAUUGGGAGAUUUCUUUCCUGCAGCAAUACAAGAAGCACUAAGUAGUGCUUCUGUUUAUAUUCCCAUAUUCUCUCCUCGCUAUGCACAAUCGCCCUGGUGCCUUGAGGAACUAUCCUUUAUGGUCGAAACAGAAAAAAUUAUAAUUCCUGUUUUCUACCAUGUUCAGCCCGCUGAUCUAAUAAACAUAGGUCAAGGAAAAGGAAUGUAUGCCAAGACAUUCUUAGAACAUCAAGAAAGGGGUAAAUACAGCUUGGAAAAGCUUCAGGAGUGGAUGAGAGCACUCUACAAAAUUUCAUCGAUUAAUGGCUACAUGAUUGAUGAUAAUGAUAAGGAGCAAAGGGUGUUGAAAAGUAUUGUAGAUAAUGUAUUAAUCAACUUGAGGAAACUACCAUUAGAGGUAGCAAUGCAUCCUGUUGGUCUUGACCAAGCUGUAGCAGAUUUUGAAAUGAGUUUACGUGAAUCUGUAAGAAGUCACUCCAAGGUCCAAAUUGUGGGAAUCUACGGCAAGGGUGGUUCUGGAAAGACGACACUGGCAAAAGCAAUAUAUAACUGGAAACACAAAUCUGUACUAAGAUCCAGUUUUAUUUUUAAUGUUAGAGAUGCUGCAAGGAAACGACUCCUGAUUGAAAAGCAGAAAAACCUUCUGAAGGAUCUCCGUUUUAAAAGCUUAACCUUUGAUAAUGAAGAAGAAGGCAGACACAUUCUACAAAGCCAUUUGAGAUCACUUUCUGUGCUUAUUGUUUUAGAUGACGUGGGUGAUACAGACCAAUUGGACACUCUAUUGCCAGAACCGGAGAGCCUUGGGAUAGGAAGUUUGGUUAUUGUUACCACGCGAGAUUCAAAUGUUCUUAAACAGUGGGGCAUCUCUGCGAUUUAUCUAAUGAGAGCUCUGAAUGCCACUCAUGCAAAGGAACUUUUUUGCUGGCAUGCAUUCAAACAACCCUGUCCACUGCCUGGAUUCGAAGUUCUUGUUGAGAAUUUCAUAUUUUCUAGCGAUAGAUUGCCAUUGCCACUCGUUAUUGCUGGGGGACAGCUCUAUGACAGAUAUGACAAGGAUUAUUGGCAGGUUCUGUUGCAUAAAUUCUCCUAUGAUGCACUCAAUGAAGAAGAGAAGCAAAUGUUCUUGGAUACAGCGUGUUUUUUCAUUGGAGAAGAAAGCAGCUUGGCCAUUGCAGUAUGGGACGGAUCAGUGUGGAGUGGUGUGCACGGCUGGGAAAGUCUUAUCAGUAAGCACCUUGUCUACCUGGAUGAAAACAAUCGAAUAAGAAUGCGUGACGACUUGAGGGAUUUCGGAAGAGAAAUUGCAGAUCAACAAUCACCAUAUCGCCUUUGGUCUCCUUGGCAGUUUAACCAGAUUCAACCUCUACAGAAACAUAUAGAAAUCCGAGGAAUGAUCAACGUAACUGGAGACAAUUGUUAUUCAUCGAAAGGAAAAAUCAUUAUAAACCAAGGUCAAGGAUUUCCUAGUCUCACUCCCGCCUCCCUUGGAUUAAAACUUUUUGCUUGUAGCGGAGAAUUUCUAAAUCAAGAAGUUGGCGAAUUAUCAAGAGAGCUGCUCUGGCUUCGGUGGAAUGAUUUCAAUCAUACGAAUCUUCCGCCAUGGCUUUCGUUGAAGAAUUUGAGAGUGUUAGAGCUUAAUGGUGCUUUAAACUUACAAGAGUUGUGGACAGAUGAUGCGCAUGCUCCUUUGCAGUUGAGAGAGCUGAUUAUUACUAGUACCUGGAGUGCUAGUUUUGAAAGGUUCCCAAGUUCAAUAUCAAAUCUCAAACACUUGAGAAAAAUAACACUGCUAGGUUAUGUUGGUAAAGAGUUUGGCAUUAAAAGGCUGCCAGAAGAGUUUUGCGAUCUCCUAUCGCUUGAGCACCUGGAGCUGCGACAUUGUGCAAGGCUGUUAUCACUACCUGCUCGGUUUGGUGAUUUGAAAAACCUACGACAUCUGGAUUUGUGCUCUUGUAAGGCUUUGAGAAUGUUGCCAGUUUCUUUUCAGCAAUUGACACACCUCAAGUAUCUAGAUUUAUCUGGUUGCAAGAGGCUUACCUUCCAGAAUGGCAUUCUAGAAAAUAUCUCAAAACUUGAGAUUCUCUACCUCCAAGGAUGCCGCAAUUUGCAGAAAUUACCUCAUCGAAUCACAGAUCAGGCGUACAUGAGAGAGCUCCAACUUCAACAUACUAGUUUGAAGGAUUUACCAAGCAACAUUGGGCAACUGAGCAAAUUAGAAUGGUUGAAAAUUGGAAGUCCGUUAUUGAAAAGCUUGCCAGAUUCUCUUGGGAAUUUAUCCAGGUUGAAAAGACUCUCAAUUAUCAAUUGCUUCGCCUUGAAAUCCUUACCCAGGACUCUUGGGCAUCUAGAACUGUUAGAGUGCCUGUGCAUAGAAGCCACGGGAGUGAGGUCUUUACCAGAAGGAUUUAGGCAACUGACCAAUCUUCAAACAUUGAAGAUUUCUGAUUGUCCGCUCAACAAGCUGGAUUUUGGGUCAUUGUCUUCCUCUUCGUUGGAGAAGCUCACGGAGAUAAAUCUAAGCGAGACACCUAUGACCAAAAUCUCAAUUUCUCAGGAGUGUUGUCCUAGACUUGCAAUACUCCGGCUUAGCAAAAAUGACAAAUUAGAGGUGAUUGAAACCCUACCAGCAACAGUGAAGAACAUAGAAUUGUCAGAAUGUGAAACGCUGAAGAAUAUAAUGGGCAUUCUUGCCAUACCAAUACCUCCAAAAUUGACAAUAUCAGACUGUCCGAAGGAAUUAGAAAAGAUUUCUAAAAAAUUCACUUAA